GUCACAGGAUUCUAGUUCUAUGAGAGACGCAUCCUUGAGGAAGGACGUCCACAUUUCUCUCCUGUCCACAAUAAUGACCUUUUGGCUAAAUUGAAAUUUGAAUUAUCAAGGGGAUGUUUGUAUCCCCACAAUGCGAUUCCAGUGAUUUUCUUAAUGUUAUUACACUUGUGUUCACAAUACAAUCAUGAAGUUGGAAUGGGUGAUUUUUGUGUUAUAUGUUUUUUGUGUUUUAGACAAUUGUUUUUGUAGCCCUGACGCGAAAAGACUGUACGAUGACCUCUUAAGUAAUUACAACAGGUUAAUCAGACCGGUUAGCAAUAAUACGGAUACUGUUUUAGUGAAAUUGGGCCUCAGAUUGUCACAGUUGAUUGAACUGAAUCUAAAGGAUCAAAUUCUUACUACAAAUGUUUGGUUAGAACAUGAAUGGCAAGAUCAUAAAUUUAUGUGGGAUCCACAAGAAUAUGGUGGAGUCACUGAACUAUAUGUACCAUCUGAACACAUUUGGUUACCAGAUAUAGUUCUUUAUAAUAAUGCUGAUGGCGAAUAUGUAGUAACAACUAUGACGAAAGCUGUACUAAGACAUACUGGCAAGGUGUUGUGGACACCACCGGCUAUUUUCAAGUCAUCGUGCGAAAUUGAUGUAAGGUAUUUUCCAUUUGACCAACAAACAUGUUUUAUGAAAUUUGGUUCAUGGACGUAUGAUGGUAAUCAGAUCGACUUAAAACACAUAGAUCAAAAGGUUGGAGAAGAUAAAGUUGAAGUAGGAAUAGAUUUGAGAGAAUAUUACCCAAGUGUAGAAUGGGAUAUAUUGGGUGUUCCCGCCGAAAGGCAUGAAAGAUAUUAUCCUUGUUGUGCUGAACCAUACCCAGAUAUAUUUUUUAACAUAACACUCCGAAGAAAAACCCUUUUCUACACAGUUAACCUCAUAGUUCCAUGCGUAGGUAUUUCAUACCUUUCAGUACUAGUCUUUUAUUUACCAGCCGAUUCUGGAGAGAAGAUCGCUUUAUGUAUAAAUAUUCUUCUAUCGCAAACGAUGUUUUUCCUUCUAAUUUCCGAAAUUAUACCUUCGACUUCGUUAGCUCUACCUCUAUUAGGAAAAUACAUUCUGUUCACAAUGGUUAUGGUAGGAUUUUCCGUAGUUAUCACUAUAAUAAUUUUAAACGUACAUUAUAGAAAACCGAGUACUCAUAGAAUGGCACCGUGGGUGCGAAAUUUCUUCAUCAAGAGUGUACCUAAGUUGCUUCUAAUGAGAGUUCCGAAAGAUUUACUGACGGAACUAGCGGCAAAUAAAAUACCAAUACAUAGAUUGUCAUUGAAGAAGAGAGAACUAGAAAUUAUGCCUUCUAGUAGAUCAUCUUCGUCUAGUACUUCUAGUUCAUCCAUGAAUAGAAUUAGUGGAUGUAACGGAUUACAUACUGGUACAACUACAGCAAGAUUGAGGGGAUUUGCUGGCACAUUGAGUGAACGUCUCGGAUACAAUGGACUGUCUUCAGUGUUUUCAGGAUUGGAUGAAAGUGAUUCUGGCACAAGAAAAAAGUAUCCAUUUGAAUUAGAAAAAGCAAUACAUAAUGUAAUGUUUAUACAACAUCAUAUUCAGAGGCAGGACCAAUUUAAUGCCGAAGACCAAGACUGGGGCUUCGUAGCUAUGGUGCUAGAUCGGUUAUUUCUCUGGAUAUUUAUUAUAGCUUCCAUAGCCGGUACCAUAUCUAUUCUAUGCGAAGCACCAGCUUUGUACGAUGACACGAAACCCAUCGACAUGGAGCUCUCUUCGGUUGCUCAGCAACAAUUUUUACCAGAUUUCGAAAAUAUUCAAUAAUAAAUGUACAGAUCUCAUUAUAAUGUCUCAGUAAGCUUGGUUAGUGUUGCUAGUAAGAGUUACCAAAGAAACUCUCCUAUUAUCUCCAUUCAAGUAGAUACACAAUCAACGUAAGUGUAUACAGGAUGUUUCUAAAGUAAUCUAAGAUAUUUUUGUGAGUGUUCCGUCCUUCAGCUUUAUUUCUCUCGUGAACGUUAAUAUGUGUAAUUCAGGUGAUCAUAUACCCUUCAAAUGUAUCUAUUGUUUCCCUUUUUUGCUACGAGGGGAUGCUCACUUCUCACAGCUGAUGAGAAAUGCUUCUAGUUGUUAAAUAUCUUCAUUUUCCAUUCCAUACACCCUGGGUAUAAUGCUCUGAAGUUCAGUAUUCUCUCGCAUGAAAAAAUAUGGAAAGAAGUUGCAGAACCUGUACGUUAAUCCUAGAGUGUUUAUGUAUCCAUUAAGGCGGUAAUGAUCUUUUUUGGUUACAGUUUCCAAAGAAUAUCUUUUCUUGUUUCAAUCUCUAUUUAUUAUUCCAGUAACUGUUUUUGUCCUAUCUACAUCCUUUUCUAGUAUUUUUUCAAUUUUCCUGUAGUCGAUUCAACAAAAAGGUUCAUGUCCUACGAAGAGUUAAUACGUCGCUACUUUGACAAAUCUAUAAAUUCAUUUCCCUCCACUCCAGUGUCUCUCGGCACAAAUUAUAAUAGGUAUUAUCGCCCACUUGUGAUAUAUUCCGCAUUUUUACUAUGUUUCUGUUUUACCAUAUUCAUUUACCAUAGUCAAACAAGCAUCAUUACCAUCCUUACUUACAGAAUCAUCGAGCUAUGACCAUUGCACAGGUCUAUCUCGUUCUAGUACCUCCUCAUCAGGAGUAGUGCCAUCUAUCUCCACUCUAAUUAAAUAAUAUGAAGCUUUCAAUUGCAGAGUUGCAAUUGUUGUUAUGUUUUUUAUGAUCGUUCCUCGUACUUUGAUAGCACAUUUUGAGGUUAAAAUAAUUCUGGAUACAUCUGUGAAGUGAUGCAACUACAUACUUAUAAAUGUCAAUAAGACAGGUGAAUAUGGAACGACCCGCAAUAAUAUUUCUGGUUACUUAAGAUUCUCUUCUUUCCAAAACUCUCUUAGAAUAAAAAUAUGAUUAAAUAGGGGAUACAUUUUAGAUAUGCACGUUACAUUCAAAAUGAAAAUACGAUUAUCAUUCAUUUUUUGUGCUAGUUCAAUUUAAUCUAUUAUGAAACUUGUAUAAUAAUUACAUAUUCCUAUUAAACAAUUUAUUAACUAACCAGACUUAUAGAGAAACUAUCAUUUAGCUCUAUUUGUAAUUAUGAACGAUGGAAUAAGUGUAUAUCUGAAGAAUCUUCCUUAAAAUUCAAAAAAAAACAAUUUUGAAAAUGUUCAAUAGGUAAGGCCGGCCACAGUUAGUUUAUAGAAGAUUCUUCCAAUAGAAAAUAACUAUGAAUCAUUGAUAAUCUGUUUUUCUGAUUAUUAAAUAUUUAAUAAAUAAAUAAA